AUACAGUAACUGGCAAAGAUUUAACCGAUGGAAAUCUUCAUUUCGGUUGGCGAUUACUUGGCACAUAUGGUGAAACUAUACCAGAAUCCAGUUUAACACGACAAUCCAUUCAAUCUUAUCUAACCAAUGAUGGUAAUACUGGUGUGUUCAGCAUUGAAAAUGUCAAACCAUCACCAAAUCUACCACAACCAAGUGCACGUAUUCAAUGUUUAGCUACAUCGUAUCAUGAUGGUGUUACGUAUUAUAGUAAACUUGUGGAUUUAAUUGUUUAUCCAGAAGAAAUCCCCGUAGAUCAUGUGAAGGAUGUGAAAGAUCGAG